AGGAGGAAGAGUCCAGCGAGGGGACAGACCGGACUGACGCAGACCCGGCAGCGGAAAGAGGAGACAGCCGCGUCCGUCCGUCCGUCCUCGAGGCCCCGGCCGGAGAUUUCUCCGCCCGUGCCGAGCGUCACCGGAGCAGAGCCAGCUGUGCGGAGCCGCGGAAGGCCCCGCCGGCGAGGUGGUCUCAGCCUCUCGGAGAAGCGCGCAGAGCCCCCCGCGGCGCCGGCCGGCCGGCGUAGGAAGGAUCCACAGAUGGGCUGCGCGUUCUCGUCGUCGCCGUCGCCACGGAAGCGUGAGCAGCGCGCCCAAGGGUACGAGGAGCCCGCCGUCCUCGCCGCCGAGACCUCCUUCACGGUGAACGAGGUGGAGGCGCUGUACGAGCUCUACAAGAAGCUCAGCUUCUCCAUCUUCAAGGACGGCCUCAUCCACAAGGAGGAGUUCCGGCUGGCUCUGUUCAGGACCAGCAGAGGGGCGAACCUGUUCGCGGACAGGGUGUUCGACCUCUUCGAUCUCAAGCGCAACGGCGUGAUCGAGUUCGGCGAGUUCGUGCGCUCGCUCAGCAUCUUCCACCCCAAAGCGCCUGAAUCUGAAAAGACCGCGUUUGCAUUCAAGCUGUACGAUCUGAGGGGGACAGGCUACAUCGAGAAAGAAGAGCUCCGGGAGAUGGUGGUGGCGCUUCUUGAUGAGUCCGACCUAUGUCUCUCCGAUAGCGCCGUCGAGGAGAUUGUCCAUAAUACGUUCAGUCAAGCAGACUCGGAUGGUGAUGGCAGGAUAGACCCCAAGGAAUGGGAGGAGUUUGUCAAGCAGAACCCAGCGUCGCUGAGGAACAUGUCACUGCCCUAUCUCCAGGACAUUACGACGACAUUUCCGAGCUUUGUAAUGCAUUCCGAAGUCGAAGACUACAGUGGAAUCAGCAAAUAAGGCACAAUUAACACUUAUUUUCGGUGUCAUAUGAUCCGUUGGUCCUGAGCUGGGAGGCAGCGCAUUCAAGAGUGAGCUGCAGCAGAAAUGUCUGGAACUCAAAUAGGAGGACAAGAGAUGGAAAUCCGGUUGAAGAUGACCGACGGUGCGUGAAGUAUACUAGCGGGUAGUGCGCGGCGGCAUGCCGCGCCACAUGGACUAAUUAGAUAUUUAGUUUUUUUUGUAAUAUUUGGUAAGUUGACCCAAGACUUCUUUUGUGGCAAGGUAGUUCAUACAAGAACAUGCUA